AUGUUAAACUUUCCAUCCCUCACUCCAUCUAACUUUCAAACUCAUCGACCUAUCGAGCUCACCUUAUCAACGCGAUUAAAGAAUAAGAAUAAGAAAGGAAUGAAAACUCCACGUUUCCUCCAACAUGAAAACUUUACAAAUCAAUCUAAAGUUGAAAACGAGCAAACUUAUCAUCACACCACAUUACACUACAAAAUACUUUGA